AUGUCUGCUGCAGCACCCGCGACAGUUGCUGCCCCCGAGGCCGCCCCUGCGCCCGUUGAGUUCACUCCCGUUGCUGCCCAGGACGUCGCCGGCGAGAAGACCAUUGCCCCUGCCGCUGAGGCACCCGAGGCCAAGGAGGUGCCCAAAACCGAGGGCGAGGCUGCUGUUGCUGCUCCCGUCGAGGAGACCAAGGAGGACGAGAAAGUCGUGGAAAAGGUCGUCGAGCCCAUCUACAGCGGUGCGCUGGGCUACAAGGCUCCUGGCCUGAAGAACGCUUUCCGUUUCGCUAAGAAGUACUUCUGGUUCGGCGAGGAGGCCGUCUCUGCUUCCAGCCUUGCUGAGUACCUCCGCGGCGAGAAGCCUGAGGUCGCUCACCCCACCGCUGCGUGGUCCAGUCAGACCGGCAAGGGCCUCUUGUUCUUCGUCAAGCACGCCGACAAGAAGGAGAACCCCGCCGGUGCCCUCAACUUGGCCUACGCCACCGACCUCGUCAAGGAUGGAACCAUUGCUUUCGCAUUCAAGAUCCACGGCCACAAGCAUACCUUCGAGGCCCAGACUCUGACCGAGCGUGAUGGCUGGUUCGUCGCCGUCGAGAAAGCCAUCGCCGAGGCCAAGGAGGCCAAGGAGGGCAUCGAGUCCAGCGAGGCUUACAAGGAGGAGAAGACCAAGCUUGGAAAACCCACCACACUAGCGGGCGCUACCACCGCUGCCGCCGUCCCGAAGAAGAGCGUCGACGCUACCAGGUCCGCCGAAGCCGAGGCCUCUACCACUGCUGAGGCCGCUGGUCCCGUCCGUACUGGAUCUUCUUCUAGCAGCUCUUCGUCUGAUGCUGAGAAGAAGAACAAGAAGAAGGCCGCCAAGAGCAAGAGCCGCUCUGUAUCUCGCAAGCGUGCCAGCAUCUUCGGUGGUCUCCUCGGCAAGAAGGAUAAGACUGAGGAGCAAACUGCUGAGCCUGAGGUCAAGAAGGAGGAGUCCGUCGCUCCCCAGAUUGGCGAGACCUCCACCACGGCUCCUGUCAUCACCUCUGACAUCCCCAAGACAGGUGACGAGCUGAAGACUGAGGCCACUCCCGCUGUUAUCGCUGAGGCCACUGCCCCGUCUCCCAUUGAGACCGAGACCGCUGCUCCUGUGGUUGCUCCUGCUCCCGUCGAGAAGGAAGACAAGACCAUUGAGAAGCCCAAGCCCACCAAGCGCGGCUCCAUCUUCGGCUCUUUCUUCGAGAAGGUCAAGAGCCCCUCGCAUGAGAAGAAGGAGGCUGACCUCGUCCCCGCUGUCGAGAAGAAGGAGGAGUCUGCCGUUCUCCCUGAGGCUGCUAAGCCCGUCGAUGAAUCACCUGCUGUUGCUCCCGUCGCCGAGACCACCACUGAGGCUCCUCUCGUCGAGGCCAAGCUUGAUGCCCCCAAGACCGAGGUUGCUAAGCCGGUCACCCCCGUCAAGGAGAAGGAGCACUUUUCUUUCGGCAAGUUCUUCGGCAACAAGGAGAAGGCCAAGUCUCCCGCCGUUGGUGAGACUACCCCUACCCUCAAGACUGAGGAGGCACACAGACUUGAAGAGACACCCGCUCCCGUCGUUGCCAACGGUGUCGAGGCCAUUGUUCCCGUUACCGAGGCCUCGAUCGCUCCAGUUGAGGAGGAGAAGAAGAAGGAGGAGACUCCUGCUCCUAAGAAGGAGAAGCGCAGCAGCAUCUUCGGCUCUCUUGCCCGCACCGUCUCAAAGGCUGGUGGCAAGAAAGAGCCCAAGGAGAAGAAGGAGGCUCCCGCCACCGUCCAAGAGUCCGCUGAACCCGUCAACCAGGUCGAGAUCCCUGCUGUCGCCGAGAAGAAGGAAGAGACACCUGUUGUCCCCGUUCAGCAGUCCACCAUCGGUGAUGUUACUCCCGAGGCCGUCAACGUUGGUGAGGCUCCGAAAAGCAGCGCACCUGUCGCUACAACUGUGUAAGGUGUGGUGGGAAGACCCAACCUUUCUCGAUGACAGUCAUGAUGGAAUGACGGAAAAGCAAAGAUACCGCAGGUCCCUUGUUUGACCGCACGGCCACGCCACCGAUACCCCCGUUUUCUGGUUUGGAUCUUCGAUAUGGAUUCAGGCGCAGGAUAUGGAUCACAUAUACCCUUUCGCAACCAAUCUGUUCUGUAUUUGGACCAACUCUUCGUCGCUCAUUCCUCUCGGUCACGAAAUGUGCGGCAUUGGCAUGUUGGAGACGUCUCUUUUGGCCUUUUCUGUGUUUAUGCGCACUUUUUGUCUAGAUUGAUACCACUCUGCACUGUUUCUCUUGUUUUUGAUACCAAGUCCGGGUUUGGUCGUUUAGCUGUCGUUUCUGUCGGUUUAUCGCACAAUACCCCCUGAUACCCUGCGUACAGCCUUAUGAGGGAUGUACACAAGCGGCCACUCGGGCACCUCUCGCAUAAUAA